AUGCCCCCACCAGCCGCCACCGCCACCGCUGCACCAGCAGGCCUCGAGCAGCAGUGGCCACCACGAUCGCCCAAAGAGGCACUCCUCGGUACACCCGGCGGCCGCGAGCGCUACAGACAGAUGCUCGCACAGCGAUCCACCUCGCCCUCGCCCCUGAAGCCCAGACCGACCAUCACAGAUCUCGUACACCGGCCCUCGGAUAUGAUGACGUGGGGAGGAGGAGGAGGAGGAGGAGGAGGAGGAGGCGGAGGCGAUCCCAUGGACCUGGACGAUGAAGGCGAUGACGAGGAGACCUUGCAGUUGAAGCUCCAGGAGAUACAGGCGCAGUUGAGGCUGAAGAAGCUGCGCAAGGAGAAGGCCAGGGCUGCAAACGGGUCACAGGCGGCAGCAGCACCAUCCUCUGGCCAGCAGCCUGAGGACAGUGCUGCCAGAAAUCAAAGACCCGACUCGGCCUCUAUUGCGCGACCGGGCAUGAGGAUAAAAGAGAUCAGGAGGACAGAACCUACGGCGCGCCCCCCGUCACAACCACCAGUCGAGGUACCCGCGUCGCCUGUGAGAAAGGUCCAGCCACCACCCGCCGCACAGACAUCGCCCAGCCGGGUGCUGCUUGGGAUCGACAAAGGCCUGAAGGCUUCCGAUGUCUCGUUGAGAAGGGCCCCGAGCUUUCGAAAAUCCUUCGACGAUCUAGGAGGAUCACAGGGUGGAGGUUACCUGCGCAGUUCGAGGAACCCCGGGUCCUUCGACGACAAACAGAAACCUCUAAGCUUCAGCGAGAGGCUAAAGACCGCCCGAGACGAGGAGAAUGUCCGCCAGGACACGAGGGACAAGGCCGCCAGGUCACGAAGCACAGCGUUCAACGUGGGAAGGCAAGAGAUGGAGGACUACAAGAGCAACGCCACAGAUAUAGUAGACGAGCCUUCACCCAUGGAGAGGGGUUUCACAAAAGACGAAAUAUUAGGCAAGACAUCAGGCGACAGGUCAAGAGUAGGGUUUCUGCAGCGAAGCAACACCACGUCCAGCGCGCGCACAUCAUCGUUUCCGGCGCCUGCCAGCUCUUUUACCGACGGCAACGAUCCACAGGCCUCUUUCACCUCUACGACCUCUGAGCCCCAGAAAUCCUCGUCAUCCGCCUCCUUCGAGCCGUACUCCUCCUUUCACCUCUCCAAGCGCAUCCUUCCUCACCAGGUUGUUGCGCGCGCCAUAUCGGGCAAGACAACGUACUCUCUCCAGGACCUCCUGCGCCAAGUCAAAGCCCCCGACUGGUCCUUCCCAGACGACGUCAUCGACAGCGUUGUCUUCGCCAUCGUAGCGUCCAAGUCGGAGCCGCGCAGCCACAAGCCACAAUUCGACGCCGAGACAGGCAGACUGAAGGCCUCCGAGAGGGGCAAGUACAUGGUCCUCACGCUGGUCGACCUGCAGUGGGAGAUUGAGCUCUUCCUCUUCAACUCCGGCUUCGACCGCUUCUGGAAGCUCAGCCCAGGCACCGUGGUCGCCAUCCUCAACCCGGACAUCAUGCCGCCGCCACCAGGGAAACAAGACACCGGCCGCUUCAGCCUGACCAUCAACUCAGAUGCCGACACCAUCCUCGAGGUUGGCAUGGCGCGCGACCUCGGCUUCUGCAAGUCUGUCAAGGCCAGCGGCUCCCUUUGCAACAGCUGGGUCAACGCACGGCGCACAGAGCACUGCGAGUUUCACACGAACUCGGCCCUCGCCAAGACACGCGGUGCGCGCAUUGAGAUCAACGGUGGCGUCGGCUUUGGGCUCGAGGCGCCAAAGGAGCGCUCUCGUAGUAGGAGAGUGUGGCACAAAUCCGCCCAGGAGGUCGCCAGAGAGGAGCGCAUGAAGAAGUUUGACGACACCAACGGGAAGCUGGACUAUGACACGGGUUCCCGAUACUUUGUGAGCGGGGGCAGCCGCGGCGCGAAUAACGAGGAGCUGGACGCCGCGGCGCAGCUGGCCGACACGCGCGAGAGGGCUGAGGGCCUGAAGCGCAGGCUCGCGGCCAAGGAGAAGGAACGGGACAUAGCCAAGAAGCUGGGCGAGAUGGGCGGUAGUGGCGUGGGCGGGCAAUACAUGCGCGCUGCGGCGAAAGAGCCCUCUGAUCCGGCCAGGACGACCUCGCAGGCCUCGCGACUCGCCAAUGGGAGGACAGCAGCGUCCAUGGCGCCACCCACGGCCGCGCGCUUCAGUCCUGCGCUCAAAGUGCCCAGGAUUCCGCUGCCGGGCACGUAUCACCACCACCAUUAUGACGACGAGGGAGGUCAGGAGGAGCGCAAGGUCGACGCCCGCUCUCUCGGCCUACUCGCUCCGCGCGGCAGCGAGCCCAAGAUCUCCCUGAGCCCCAUCAAGCGCAAGCGCCAGGACAGCACGCAGAGCUCCUUCAACACGAGCUUCGACGGCAACGGCGCGACCGGCAGCCGCGGCCCCCACCAACACCAACACAACAACAGCAACAACAACAACAACGCCACCACGACUUCCUCCACUACAUCCUCCUCAUCCGUCUCGCGCACGUUCGGCUGGGGCGGGAGCCUGCGCGAUAAGCUGUCCCGCAUGCGCGACGGGGAGAGGCUGAACCUGAACCUCCACGCCAAGAAGGACAGCACCAGUACCGUGGCGUCCGCGUUUCGGGACAAGGACCGGAGCCCCGUGCGCAAGAAGACGCGAUUUGUCACAGAAAAAGGCAUCCGUGAGGCCGGUCGGGAGAGUCUCCCUGGCGGCACUGGCGGCGAUCGAAAGAACAUCCGCCCUGGUGUGGUUGGUUUGUACGAUCGUGGUGGUGGUGGCGGCAGCAGCAGCAGCAGCAGCAGUGGCAGGCGAGGCGAUCUCAGAGGACGGGAGGUGGUGCUGGAUGAGGACGAAGACAUGGACGAGCUUGUGGUCGUGAGGUGAGGUGAGCCUCCUUGGACGACUACUGCUACUGCUUAUCUGGUGAAGGGGGCGGGAGAAGGACCUCCCUUUUUGUGUAUAAAACACCAGGGUCCUUGAAUAUGUUUGCCUGGGCAGAGAAAACUUGACGACGGUCAAUCGUCUCCUCUUUCUUUUCCUUCUCUUUUGUUCAUAUGUUUUCUGCUUUUCUCUCUGUAUUCGGGCUAGAAAGCAUCUCAAACGGAAAUAAGGCAUAGGAUACACGGACACGGCAUCGGCAUGGGCACGGGGACACGGUUUAUGAUUCAGGGCAUGGGCGCAACACGGGAUGGGUAUGGCGCUCUCUCUCUGUGUGUCUGUCUAGGUUGUUUCUAUCACGCUUUUCUCGGGAUCAGAGAAGGAGAACAGAGAGAGAGCGAGAGAAAGAGAAAGAGAUAGGAAUCAGGACACAAUACAGAUAUAGGCAUAACUACAUGAGUGUGUCCCAAUG